AUGAAGCUCGAACCCUUGCUAAGCGUGGACUUACCUCUCGACAAACAAAUUUCCAAGAUUCGAUCGGUGAGCUUCCAUCCAACACAGAACAAAAUUGCCAUAGGGUUUAGAAAAGAGAUUUUCGAAUAUGAUUUGGGUACCGGUUCUAGAACAGCACAUUUUAAAACAGAGAGCGAAGUUACACAUAUUGAACACAGUCAUACUCAUCCUGUUCUGGUCGCUUCUCUUCAAAAUGGUUGUUUUAGCGUUCUUGAUCUCAACACCAAUACUCUCACUGCAUUCCAUAUCCCAGUCCGAAGAGAAGAGGCAAGAAGUGCUUCGUUUUUUGCUCUCUCCCACAAAAGACCUAUGAUUUUCUAUUCCAGAUCUCCGUCAAAACUAGCCCGAGAACGAAGCAAUGUAGUGUUUGGUAUUGAAAUGUUUUCCGAUUCUAAACAUCGGGUUGAGUACAGUCAUAAGAAACAAAUUACAGCAAUUACAACACAUCCCUCCAAGUCAAUGAUGGCAUCUGCAAGCAGUGAUGGAAUCAUUAAAAUUUGGGAGACUGAACAACAUAAUUUAUUAUUUCAAAUAGAGGAAUACGAAGCGAACAAAAAGGAAAAAGAAGCUGUUACGAGCCUAUGUUUUUGCAACAAUGAAAGUAAUGAUUACGAUAUUCUAAUAUCUGGCACAAGAGAAGGAUCUAUUAAAGUUUGGUCCAUUCCAACUGUUCCGAAUCAAGCACCAAGAGUGUUGGGAUAUGCCACAACUGAUGAAUGGAUCACAUCUCUUUUGGUUCAUCCAAGUGUACCAUGUCUCUUCUAUUUGAAUGGAAAGGGAUGCUUAAAUUCUAUUGAUAUUGGAUCAAUCAUUUAUUCAACAACAGGAGGACCUAAAAUGAAGACUUUAUUAACAGAUUUUGAAAUGUUGGAUCCAUAUUAUGUUGCUUUACACAGAACCAAAGACACUAAAAAACGAUUAAUUCCUAUUAUUAACGCUACAUGUCAUCCAAAGACAGGAGCUAUUGCAUUUUACGGCAAAAAUUUUCAAAUUUCUGAGCUGAAUGCAAGAGUCAUCAAAGGAACCAUUGUUGCUGAUAGAUUUCCAAUUUUCUCUACCUUCGAUUCUGUGAACCCUGGAAGUAUGCUACCACAUACAUCAAUUAUCAACUGUAAUUUGGAAACUCUACUUUCACCUAAAAAGCAACAAUUUAAUUCUCAUAAUGAAUUAGUGUCAAGCGGAGACUCUUUAGAUUAUUUAAUUCCUUUUUCAAGUAUUCCAUACAUUGACGGAAGAUCAAGGCCUCCACACUCUACUUUGCUUUCAUAUGAUCUUAAAAAAGAAAAAGCUCAAGUGUUGAUUGGAUCUUUGAGAGCUACUCAGGAUCUUUAUCCAUAUUACAGAUGUACAAAAACCAAUUUUAGCGCCAAUAGAAAGUCUGUGAUAAUUUUCUAUGAGAAGCUUCUCAACUCAUCCAACACGUAUGAAAGUGACAAUUCCAAGUUCUUCUUCUCGAAAGUCGAUGACAUUUAUUCAUCUCCAAAAGACAAGGUAGUCCUUCAACUCCAAAAGGGUAUUGAUGGAGGUUUUUUAGGGGACUCCAACAAGGACUAUGUAGUUUUAUCUGAAGGUGGUGACGUUUUGAAGGUUUAUUAUAACAAUGAGCUUCAGAGCGAUAUCAAAUUGAAGGGGAAAGUGAAGUAUUUAUCAACCUCUCCUUUCGAUCGUUCGGUAAUUUAUUGUACUGCUGGCAAUGAGUUGAGCAUGGCUGUAUCUAUUGAGGACAAAACAGAAAAGCGUUUGCAAACAGACCUAAAUAGGCUUUUCCAUCUCAGAGACAAUGAAGCACUUAUUGAUAUCCAAUGGCAGAAUGAGACCAUGUGUAACGAACCAUGUCUGAUUGGUGUAUUGACUUCUAGAAGAGUUUUGAUUUUAAAUAAGAACAUGGAUAUGUUGUCAUGCGUGGAGGCUCCUUCUCAGCUUUCGUUCCAAUUUCAAUCGAUUCUGUGGAUUGGAUCUGUACUGUUGUACAAUUCUAAAAACUUUAUUCAUUGUUUACACCCAUAUGGCUCAACAAAUAAUGCAAGCGCUUUCAUUGGAACUUUGGAUCAUGCCGAUUCAGUGAUGUGUGCUGUUCUUUGUGAUCGUGUGUUUUUUGUUUCUCACAAAGACAGAAUUCCAUCCAUUAGUUAUCGUUACCUAAAUAUUGUUGAGCCAUUAAUGUUAGGAAUUUUAUCAAUUCCUAAAGAUGUUUUAUCUCCAGACCAGAAAGGAGAGCUACUACGAAAAGUGACUGAGAGAUUUGAUUGUAGAAACGUUUCUGAAAAGACCCUUAUCAACUUGGAAAAGCAAGGAUAUCCUCAAUUAGCUUCAGAAUUGGUAACAAACAGUUUAUUUAAUUUUUCAUGGGAAUUAAGACUGAGAUUAGCAAAAGGUUCAAUGAAUUUCUCUUAUGCUCUUCAAGUGCUUGUUUCCCAAUAUGAAGAAGAGUCUCAUGAUAGAAGUGGAUUCAUUUCUAAACACUCCAAGUUUUAUUCACAUUUUGUUGAUUUGGCAAAGACAUCUCUCGAGUAUGGACAAUUUUCUGUUGCUCACAAAUGCUUUGACAUGAUCAAUGACGUUUGGAGCCUUUUUAAUUUAUUUACUACAACAAACAAUGCUAAUGGUCUAAAGCUCUUAGCACUUCGCUGUAAAGAUUCACCUGAUUUUUACUCAAUUUAUACAGCAUGCACAUUGUUGAUUGGACAUGAAGCCAUUGAUGACUUUAUGAGAAGUUACGACCUUUCUGCGCAUGAUAGUGUUAAAGUGGAUGAUUGGCCAAUCAAAGUGAGUGACAUGAAGGAAUUUGAAGUGAGUACAGAAAUUAAGGGAAGAAUGCUUGUCUCUGAAAGAAAGCUUCAAGCAGAGACCCCAAGAGAUUCAUCUCUUACUAGCCCACCCUCAAUGACCAAUGUUCCAUCUGAUGACGAAAUUGUUAAGAUGGAUAUGACUGAUUUCUUAAAAUGGCUUGGAUAUGGUACCAUGUCUAUUGGUAAAGAGAACCUUGAAGAAGUUGGAUUCAAGGAUGAUUUUGGUGGCAAUCAAUCUGUAUCUUCGAUCGAAGAAGAUUUGCCAACCGAGCCAUCAAAAUCUUCUUCCAAAUUACCCCCACUUCAACAUAAACUUCCACCUCCUCCAUCUCUAGACGUUCCCUCAACUACAACAACCACUGAAUCAUCAGAAAAAGACGAGGAUGAAUCAAGUGAAAUGUCUUCCACUAAGGACGCCAAGAAGAAUAGAAAGAGUGAAAAUAGUGACUCUGAUGACAGUUCAUCAGGAGAAGAAGAUGACUAUGAUAAGAAGACAAAAGCGUUCCAAGGUCUAAAAAUCAAAGAAGAAGUUAUUUACAAAGAUGCUUCUGCUACAGAUAUUAGACAUUCAGUGUCUGGUCUUGCUGGUCUUGGAGGUAUUGGUGCCAGUCGUAAUAGAAGAAGAAGAGGUGGUGCUGCAAAGGAAGAAAAGGACAAUACACCAAGUGAGGUUCAAGAAACGUCUCCAGCGACACCCAAAUCAGUAUCCUCUUCGAGCUCACAACAAGAGGAUGAUAGAUCCAUGCUGGUCAAUGUAAAUCCGACUCAGUGUCUCAAGGACGGUAUGACAGCUAUGGAGAAGGGUGACUUUAAAGAAGCAAGAAACCAAAUGAUAUCUGCUAUUUCUGCUCUCGUGAAAGACAAUACUCAAAUUCUUAAGAAGUCAAAUAUUCUUCUUUGUGUACAUUACAAGCUACUCAUACAUUUACUAGCUAGAAUAAGAGCUAUUGAAGCACAAAAUGACAUUCAAGAAUUGGCAAGACUGGCUACCUUUAUUUGUCAAAUUAAUGUCAUUAAUAAGCACAAGAUCGUCUGUUAUAACAUGGGUAUUAAGAGAAAUUUGAAUGCUGGCAACUAUGGCAUCACUAGCCACAUUCUCAAGCACUUCUUACCAUUGAGUGAAGGUAUUCCAAAACUCAAAGAGGAACUUUUGAAACGUCAGCAAGAAUGCUCAGAAAAAUCAUUUGUUGACGCUGAUUUGGAAUUGGCAAACCAUUAUUCGGGUGUCACGGAUGAUGAGCCAUUGAAGUUUUGCUGGAAAACGUACAAACUGAUCAACUCCAACUUUCUUAAAUGCUCCUAUUGUUCUGCAUUAAUAGCAAGUGUGGAUUCUGUUAACACCGACGACACAUGUCCAUAUUGUACAUACGGUAAUUUAGAAUUGCAAGAAUUUAAAUAA